GGGGUCUACAUUUUUGUUUUGCUUAUUUAUUUAUUUAACUUAAGAGGAAAUUGUCCUUUCUCAUGACUCCUUUCUCUCAAAAUGGUGUCUCCAGCAUUUCUGGUGCCGGCAUCAUCUUGCAUUUGCAGCUGGCCAAAAAUAGAUCUAAAAUCAAAUCAGCCGCCUUUGAUGCUGUCGUUUUAAAAGCGAACCUAUUAGAAUCACAGCUGGGAAGGACCCUGAAUAUGAGUGUUUUUCCGAAAAACAUUCCACCCAGCCUUCUGGUGCAACGCAGGUCUGCUUCCCAAACACAGUCUGAGGCCGUCCAGCCGGCGUCGCCGAGAAGGGCUUCGAGCUCGUUUGUCCUCGGCUCCCAAGAGCAGAGGCUCAGGCAGGGCCCGGUGUCCGGCCUCCCGCCCCAACGGGCCCCGCUCGCUCAGGAAGGGCUCUCGCGCGCCCGCCAGCUCCGAGCACCCGUCAUCCAAGGACGACGCGGCGCAGUCUCGGGGCUUCGACACUCCGCGAAGGUGAGGCUCCGAGAGGAAAACACGGGAUGGGGUCGAGCUCGGCGCUGAUGACAACCACAGCGGGCGCCGACCGAGCGCCCGCGGACGCUCAGCUCCGCCAGCCUCUCGGAGCUGACGGCAGAGCCGCAGCCCCCAGUAGGUGGGGCGCUCGGACGGUGGGCACUGGGACCUGGGGGUGGCGCGAGAGCAGGCAGAGAGGAGAAGGGCGGUGGCCACGGCAGGACGGCAGGAUGGGGGCUCCCGCUGCCCGCCUGCAGAGCAGGCGUGCUCAGGUGGCCUCAGGGGCAAAGGGCAGGGUAGGGCAGAGCGGGGCCGGUGCACCGGGAGCCGGAGAAGCUGCCGCCUAGGACAGUGCCAUCUGAAAGACAAUCAAAGACCCACUGCCCAUCCCUCCAGGCUUCAGAAAAAGGUUCGCACCAGCGAGGAAGGAAACGCAGUGAAGCCGGACGCUUCCGUGAGGACAGAGCUCACCGGCGCGGCGUGCGAGAAAAGGGCCAGCAAGGAAGGGGUUAAGGCCGGGCUUCUGGGGCCGCGGGCGCCGCGGGGCGGGCGGCCGCCUAUAAAGCCUGCGGCCGCCAGGGGCUGCCUCCCUGAGGACGGCUGGGGCUCCGGCAGCCCUGCGGCCAGGCCUCCUGCGCCCCACAGCCUUCCUCCGAGCUCCCAACGCCCCACCGCGGGCCAGUCUCAGCCGCGAGCACAUCCCGGGGCUGGCGGAGCUGCCCUCUGCGGGACACAGUGCAGGUGCCCCCGGGCGUGGAGGCCCACCUCCCGGUGCCCGGCUCACGUCGGAGGGCCCCCGCCUUCGCGUCCCGAGAUGGAGUCCCUGCCAGAGUCGGGCCUCUGUGAGCCUCGCAGCUGGUCCUGAGAGCCGGGCCCCGGCCUCGGCAUGGAGACGCAGCCGGGCGCCUUCAAUGGCACGCCCGCCGCCGCCGCCACCGCCGCCGCCGGCCUGGGCCUCGACCUGCCCGGCGCGCUGGCCAACCGCUCGGCCGCGCUCUCGGAGCACCAGCAGUACGUCAUCGGCCUCUUCCUGUCCUGUGUCUACACGGCCGUGCUCUUCCCCAUCGGCUUCGUGGGCAACCUCCUGAUCCUGGUGGUGAACAUCCGCUUCCGCGAGAGGAUGACGGUGCCCGACCUGUACUUCAUCAACCUGGCGGCGGCCGACCUGGUGCUGGUGGCGGACUCGCUCAUCGAGGUGUUCAACCUGGACGAGCAGUACUACGACAUGGCCGCGCUCUGCACCUUCAUGGCGCUCUUCCUGCAGGUCAACAUGUACAGCAGCGUCUUCUUCCUCACCUGGAUGAGCUUCGACCGCUACCUGGCGCUGGCCCAGGCGCUGCGCUGCGGCCCGCUGCGCACCAAGCCCCGCGCCCGGCUGAGCUGCGGCCUCAUCUGGAUGGCCUCCGUGUCCGCCACGCUGGUGCCCUUCACCGCCGUGCACCUGCGGCACGGCGAGGAGGCCUGCUUCUGCUUCGCCGACGUCCGGGAGGUGCAGUGGCUGGAGGUCACGCUGGGCUUCGUGGUCCCCUUCGCCGUCAUCGGCCUCUGCUACUCGCUCAUCGUGCGCGUGCUCGUGACGGCGCACAAGCACCGCGGCCUGCGCCCGCGCAGGCACAAGGCGCUGCGCAUGAUCCUGGCCGUGGUCCUGGUCUUCUUCGUCUGCUGGCUGCCCGAGAACGUCUUCCUCAGCGUGCACCUGCUGCAGCGCGCGCCGCCCGGGGCCGGCCCCUGCCAGCAGUCCCUCCGCCACGCCCACCCCCUGGCCGGCCACGUGGUCAACCUGGCGGCCUUCUCCAACAGCUGCCUGAACCCGCUGGUCUACAGCUUCCUCGGGGAGACCUUCCGCGACAAGCUGCGGCUGUACCUGCAGCAGACGGCCAGCGUGUCGGCCCUGAGCCGCUUCGGCCACGCGGCCCUGAAGGCGGUCGUCCCCGACAGCACCGAAGCCUCCGACGGGAAGGUGGGCAGCGCCGUGUAGGGAGGCCGGGACGCCCCGGGCGCCAGCCGACCGGGCGCUGUGCCGCUCGCACACGCACGCGGCGCGGUCCCUGCACCGGGGACCCGGGUCCCAUCCGGAUCUGGCAGGAGACGCUGGCCGGGCGAGGCAAAGAGGAGGGGGCGGCGCUGGGACGGCGCAUCUGAGCUUCAAGGCCGACGUGCCAGCGAUCUGCCAGUCUAGGGGACGUGAGCCUGCAGACAGCCGGCCCAGCCGCGGGACCGGGCACUGGGGUCUGGGCUCCGGGUCUGUGCGCGCGGCAGACGUGCCUCGGGCUGAGGAGGACUCGGACCGCCUCCCCCCUAACCCCGCGGGUGGGACACCUGGGCUUCCGGGCUCUGCACCUACUUAAGGGGGAGGCCUGGAGAAAACACCGGGGCGCGGGCGUGAGGGGUCUGCCUACGGCGCAGACCCGUGGGGGGAGCCACGACAGUGCCACAGGCUGUUCUCCUCACGACUCAGAAAGCUGACACGUCUGGAAUGUUCACCCUUUGUCAAUAAACACAGCCCUGUGCGGACUCGU